UGGGGAUGGAGUGUUGUGUUCCCCAAUAAUUGUUCAUUCUCAAACUCGAUCAUGAUAAUGGCUAAAGCAAAAGUCUUUUUAUUUUCUUCCUAACCCACAAUUCAUUAAUUAGAUUUUUAGCUCCGAAAAUAGUUGAGAGAUCAAGCUGAAACCAGCCAUGGUAGCUCUUAGACCAACCUCUGCAUUUCACUCUCUUAACAAUGGUAUUCCAUCGAGACUUGACACCAAACUCUUUCACUCCAACUUCAACACAAUACCCACUUCAUCUUUCUCGUUUGGUCAGAGGAUUACUGUAUCAAGAUCCAAGCUUUUCACUUCUGUUUCUUCAUCUGGUUCGACAGAGCUCGCUGACCCUUUCAAGCCAGAUGAGCUUGAAUCUCACCAAAACCCAGAUGGGAAAUUCGACUGGUACAGCCACUGGUAUCCGAUUGUGCCGGUUUGUGAUCUGGACAAGAGGAGGCCGCAUGGGAAGAAGGUGAUGGGGCUGGAUGUGGUGGUGUGGUGGGACAAGAAUGAGAGUGCUUGGAAGGUGUUCGAUGAUAGUUGUCCUCAUAGGUUGGCUCCGUUAUCAGAAGGGAGGAUCGAUCAGUGGGGGAGAUUGCAGUGUGUGUACCAUGGUUGGUGCUUUAAUGGCUCCGGCGACUGCAAGUUCAUCCCUCAAGCACCCCCGGAAGGCCCCCCGGUUCACACAUUGAAGAGAGCAUGUGCAGCUACUUAUCCAAGCACUGUCCAGAAUGGUGUUGUGUGGUUUUGGCCCAACACUGAUCCUCAAUACAAAGAUAUUCUUACGAAGAAAAGGCCUCCCUACAUUGAAGAGAUAGAUGACCCUUCAUUCACUAGAGUUUCAUGGGGCAGUAGAGAGCUUCCAAUUGGAUAUGAAGUCUCAAUCGAAAAUAUUAUGGACCCUGCACAUGUUCCUUACUCACACUAUGGAAUAAUGAAGACUCCACUAAGGAAAGGUGGGGCUGACAGAGAAGGUGGCAUACCUUUGGAAUUGAUUGUGGAGAAUCUUAAUAUUGAUGGUUUUAGUGGAAAGCGAGAGUUUGCUACUAACAUAUUUUUUGCACCAUCUUUGUAUUGUUCUCGUGCCUCUUUUGGACCAAAGAAAAAGAUAGUUUUUGUUUUUAGCUGUGUACCAAUUAGUCCUGGGAAGAGCAGAGUGAUAUGGACAAAUGUAAAGAACUUUGGAAUUUUGUGGAAUGAAAUGGUUCCAAGAUGGAUGUCUCAUAUUUCCCAGAACUUAAUUUUCGAUUCAGAUCUAAGCCUACUGCAUUCUGAGGAGAGGAGAAUAAUGGAUGGUGGGCGUGGGCAGUGGCACAAAGCAUGUUUUGUGCCAACAAAAUCAGAUGCUGCAAUCGUUGCCUUCAGAAAUUGGCUAAACAAGUAUGCCGGUGGCCAGGUUGAUUGGAGACCCAAAUUCACUACUGCUCUUCCUCCAUCUCCUCCUAGACAACAACUUAUGGACAGGUAUUGGAGCCAUGUGGUGAACUGUCCCAGUUGCAGUGGUGCACACAAGGUUUUAAAAGUGUUAGAAGUAGUGCUACAAGUGGUCGCCAUAGCUCUGAUUGGAUAUGCUGCUGUUGCAACCAAACAAGGCCAACCAUUAAAGACUGCCAUGGUUUCUAUAGCAUUACUUUGCUUUGUUGCAUCAAAGUGGUUGGCUCACUUUAUCCACAAAGUCUUUCAUUAUCAUGACUACCACCAUGCUUUUAAAUGAGUAAGUAGUAGGGAG